AUGAUCCGGGAAGUAUGGCGCAUCGAGCUUGGCGUAGGCGUUGGUCCCUUUCGUCUCGGAGCAAGUAUAGCCGAGGUUCUACACGCCUUAAAAAGUCGCCUACCAAUACGCCCUUUUGAAGUCGCGUAUGAUUCUUCUGAGCCUUACAAGCGCGACGUCGUCGUGCGUUCCCACGAAGAUGGGCUUAAUCUCCAUUUUGACCCAGUGCAACAGACUCUGAAAUUUAUUGAAUUCUAUGAGGUGAACCGCGUGGCUUUAAAAUUUGGACGCGUUGUGAUUUUCGGUGGCGACAUCUUUGCUACGUUCAUGUCCGUCUACAACCUAUUUGGACCGACGUUUCCUGGCCACUACGACAUUGUCGAAAAGAACUAUGUUUUAGGCUAUGAUGGUGGGUGUGUUAAGUUUUCUAUCCCAGAAGAGUACCAGAAAUUGUACCAAGACUGCACAGAUUUGCCCAUGGAAUUUCCGAAUGGUGCCACCCCAGCAGCUACUGGUCUCGACGUUUUCGUAGGUGACGACUACCGAUCUCCUGACCUCCCUUCUCCAAUCAAAAAGCAUUACUUUGAGGAAGUCAACGUCGAGAUUGGUGACAAGCAAACAUUGGUGACUUUUUCUGGUAGAAAGCAGUGUCUUCGGCUUGGGUGCUCCCCUCAGGAAGUUGUUAGCGAACUUGGUUCCCCAUUGUCCGUCUUUCGAAAAUCUGAAGAUCCAAAUGAUGGAGCAGUUGUUGCGGGGGGACUGAAUGGUGAGUAUUUCCAUAAUUAUCCGCAUUUGGGACUCGACAUUUUGUAUAACUCGAUGCACCGAGCAUCAAAAGUGAUUUUAAAGACCAACGCACUGGGUCAUCCGGACUUUGGAGCUUACAACAAAUGCAACUUUCGAAUUAAAUUUCCUUCAUUGAACGCACCGCAUAAAUCUGGCGCUGAUCCGCAAAUUAAUCUGGAAAUCACACCUCAAACCCCGUGGAAAGAUAUUUGUCUGGUAUUUAAUGGAGCAUCAGACACGCGACCGAUCAUUCACGACAAUGGUCUCGGUGUUCACCCUUUCGGUCCAAGCCUGUGCUACUCACCAACACCAGGAUGUAUUUUUGAAGUGAUGAAAAAUGGUUUUAUCGCAACUGUAACUCUCACGUCGUUUAGGCAUUAA